GGUUGGGGGCGAGCCGUCCCUUCUGCCUCCCUCGCCUCCUGGAGCCCCAGCGGCGCUCCUCGGGUGGGCAGGCGCCUUCCUUCCUUCCUUCCUUCCUCGCCUCUUUCCUUCGCAGCCGGGCUCCUUUUGUCUCCUGACACCACUAGGCAAGACCACCGAGGGCCAGGAGGCUUCCAGACGGUGACCCGCACCCUUUGCUUCUGCUUCCGAGCUUUUGGGGGGUCUUCAAGAAGCGCCUUCGAGUCGCCCGCCGCCUCCUCCUCCUCCUCCUGCUCCUCUCCAUCCCUCUUUGCGCCUCUCUUGCUGACUCGGGAGGCGCAGAAGGAGCGUCCCCGUCCGCCCCGUCCGCGCCGUCCGCCUUGGGUCCCGGGCCCGAGGGGAGAUGGCCACGCGGGGCAAAGGGGGCCAAGGGGGCUCCCCGCGCCCGCUCCUCUUCCUGGCCGCGCUGCUGGUGGCGGCGGAGAGCUCCCAGCCGGAGGGCGCCCAGGCCAACUCCAUCAAGGCCACCCUCCUGGGCGAGGCGCCCACCCAGGCCACCAACAGGUCCACCCCCUUCCACCAAGGAGGAGCGCCCGGCAGCGGCAAGAAGAGCAAGCUCUUCAGCCAGGGCGGCAAAGGGCUGAAGCACUACCACCGGCAAGGAGAGGCUUAUCCUUGCACCAAUGACAAGGAAUGUGAAGUAGGGAAAUAUUGCCAUAGUCCCCAUCAAGCGAUAUCUGCCUGCAUGAUUUGUAGGAGAAAAAAGAAACGCUGCCACAGAGAUGGAAUGUGCUGCCCUGGAAACCGCUGCAAUAAUGGUAUUUGCAUACCAGUGACUGAGAGUAUUCUCACGCCCCAUAUCCCAGCCCUGGAGGUACCUCGUAACAAGAAAAAUAAUCACUAUCCUACCAAGGACUUGGGCUGGCAGAAUCUAGGGAAAGGACAAACCAAGCUAACACACUUGAAAGGUCAUGAAGGAGACCCGUGCUUAAGGUCUUCUGACUGCAGUGAGGGAUUCUGCUGUGCCCGUCACUUCUGGACCAAAAUUUGUAAGCCUGUGUUGCACCAGGGAGAAGUGUGCACUAAACAACGCAAGAAAGGGUCCCAUGGUUUGGAGAUUUUCCAGCGCUGUGACUGUGCCAAAGGACUAUCUUGCAAAAUCUGGAAAGAUGCCACCUAUUCUUCAAAAGCAAGACUUCAUGUGUGCCAGAAGAUCUGAUGGUGAUUUUGGAGAAUACCAGGCCAUGAAGAUCCUGGCUCAAUAAGAACUGGCUCCUGUAAAUAAGAAUUGGGUUGGCCAAAUAUCCACUGUGACAGAAAGAAGCAUCAUCCCAAACAACUGUCUUUUCUGCCCUGAAAACAAUGACAGCUGAUCUUCCUUGGUGACUUGGUAUCAUUCUGCCAGCUGUGCCAAAUGUUUUUGGGAAAGCUUCUAAUGAUAAUGAACAAUUAUGGCCUUGUGACUUCUCCACAUUAGUUGUGGUCAGAUUCUCCUAUGACAGUUGUAAAAAUAAUGCUAUAGAAUUUAUUUGCAAUACAAAGCAGUGCUUUGCCAAAGGACUAUACUAUCUCUACACAUUGUUGGAUACGGAACAAUAACGAAAAGAAUUCCUAUUAAACUGAAGCUGUUAGGGAUAAAAAGUUAGUGUGCAUAUAUCUACCCUGUUAAUGUUACCCUUUAACAAGGGUAACAGGCUGUCAGUUGAAAGAGACAUACUUUAUUGAUUAAGUGCUAUAUUUUGCAAGAUGAAGUUGAUGUGGGAAAAUCUCAGAUGCACAGCAAUCCCACACAUCCUGCAACCAAGAGAAGUGUUGACUUCAAUCAAGGCACGGAGCAGAAAUGACACUCUAGUUUCAAAUACUAGUAUUUGGAGUACAACACCUAUAUCAUUUCCUCUUCAUUUACCAUGGUCAAUGACUUCUGUUUCUGAGCACACAGGGGACUUAACAGAUAAAGCAAAAUAUCCAUGGAUUUAUCCAGAAAAUAAUGGUAUGCUGAGCUGCUAGUUGUACAUACUGAGAGUUUGUAUUGUGGACACUUUUGCUUUGCUUCUAAAGAAAGCAUAUGGGAUCCAUUGACUGUAUUAUUGCUAAAUAACAGUGUCUAAAUAAAUAAAUAAACAGGGUGUUUAGUACUGCUCUUCUGUGGUUUGGAUGCAGAGAAAAUGAAAUGAACAGAGAAGAUAUCAGGAUUAAUAUGGAGUUGUGUUAGUACAUGUCACCACAGGAUGAACCAUAAUAACAUGGAACUAGUGAAUACAUGACCUUAUUUCAAAUACAUCUUAGGAAUUUUUAUGGUAUCACAUGAUCUCAUUGAAUUUAGUGGUUUACUGUUACCACAACAUAUUAAUAGACUGACAACAAUGAAUGAUGCCUUUUGUUAUCUAGCUCUUUCUCCUCCUAGCAGCAUGACUGCAUUUUUUCUUGCUAUAUUUAGUUAUUUUCAAAUGUGUUAUUUGUUUUUUAAGAAACGGAAGGGUUUCAUUACUGUCCAAGCAAUAUGGUUGAAUGGAAGUAAGAAUGGUUAUCUUUCUUUGUUUAAUGUUUGUGCCGCUCUGAGCAUGGGUUCAGACUAUGGCRCCCCCCCCCCCCGCCACAAUGUGCCAACCACAAUCCUAAAUUGUAACCUCUUAGUGUAAAUCUUGGUGAAAAAGCUGACCAGAAGUUGURAAAUCUUCAUUCAUCAAUACUAUUUUUAAACACAGCAUAUUUUGUCCCUAAAUGGCCUCAUGCUAGUAAAUGAGGGCAAAAGCAGACUAGGUAUCUUUUCUCUCUGACUUGUUUGGCAGAUCAAUUUACUUGGUUUAUUUUAGUGCCAUGAAAACCACAACAAAGGCACAUGUACACUACACUGCAGCUUGGGAGGAGUUUCACUUGUUUGAGUGAUUAGAUUGACAGAUCCAGAAUUAAUUUGAGGCCAGAAAUGUGAUUACAUUGAACACAGAACCUGGCCUCAUUCCACUGGGCCAAUUUCUUCCCCAUUUUCAGUUGAGAUGCACACCAGUGUUUUAGGUGCAUAUGGCAUGGAAAGAAAAAAGGGAAAUGACAGCUAAAAGUGUAUGUAAUCAAUUCACCAGGAGCCCCUAGUAGUGCAAUGGGUUAAACCCUUGUGUCGGCAGAACUGCUGGCCAAAAGUUCAGCGGUUCGAAUCUGAGGAGCGGGAUGAACUCUCAUCUGCCAGCUCCAGCUUCUCAUGUGGAGACAUGAGAAGCCUCCCAUAGGAUGGUAAAACACCCAAGCAUCCCCUGGGCAAUGUCCUUGCAGUUGGCCAAUUCUCUCACUCCAGAAGUGACUUACAGUUUCUCAAGUCGCUCCUGACACACAUACACACAAAUCAAUUAACCCUCCCUUGGGGCACUUUUUGUCAUUCCCUAUUCUACCUUCUAUAAUGUGCUUCAGGAGGGCCAAGUGUCUACAAAGCACUCUGCAUUGACAGAGAUGAUUUGGCCCUGGAUCUGGGAUACACUGAAAUCUGCUGUGGCACAUUAUUUGUCUUAACUCGGGCUUUUCUGCAACUUUUAAAACAUGCUGUAUGCCCCUAAACGCAUACUGCAGCAAGCAUUGAUGCCAUGUGCUUUGUGGCCAUAAUGGUUUCAAGUUGUCUCAAAGACACAUUAUAAUGUCAAUGUAGAUGGGGCCUAAGACUGAAAAAGUGCACAAUUUCAGUAAGGCGUUUUCUUUUCACGGAUGCCCAACUGUAUUUAAAUCUGUUAUGUGCACAUCCCAAAUCCUUUUGCCUCUAUGAGACUACAGGAAGAAAUCCCCCACCCAUUCAGCAUAAAUAAAAGUUGCAAAAUGAAGUUCCCCACCGAUUUAAAUGUUAUCUGAUAGCUUCUGCAUGUCCUUUCUUUUGUCUUCCUGAAACAAGUAUUUGAAGUAAUUUAUUUACAGGAAAUGUUUAAUAAGAUGUAUUUUCUUAUAGAAGAUAUUUCAUACAGAAAGCUUUGUAGCAAACUAUACUUGCUAACUUGUUGACUUUGUAAUUUAGAAAGAAAUGUACAAUAAGAUUAAAUAUAUUAAAGUGUCCAUUUUUUCCACA